AUGAAUAAAGCAGAGAAUGCAACGAACAUGCUGCCUAUUUGGGCAGGAAAAGAUAAAAUACUGGAAAGGAUACGCGAAAAUGACACAGUCGUGCUUAUUGGUGAAACGGGUAGCGGUAAAACGACUCAAUUGCCUCAAUUUUUUUGGCAGGAGAAAUUUAUCGUGCCUGAUGUCCCGCUGAUGGUUGGCAUAACGCAGCCACGUCGUGUAGCCGCCACUUCCUUGGCUAGACGUGUUGCCUCAGAAAUGGGGUGUGCUGAUCCAAGCACAAUUAAGCCCCGCUCUAAUGAUACCGACAACUCUGCGUAUGUUGGAUACACUGUGCGUUUUGAUGACCGUACCACGCGACAGACCCGUAUCAAAUUUUUAACGGAUGGUAUGCUCAUACGUGAAGCUCUUGGGUCUCAUACAUCGAAAUCAAGCGCGCCACGAAAAAAAAGUGCUCAUACUUCUCUACUGAAAAAGUAUAGAAUCAUUGUUAUCGAUGAAGCGCAUGAGCGAUCCUUGCGAACGGACAUGGUAUUGGGCCUCAUGAAGCGGAUCCAGAGUGAACGCAAAAAGUUAAUAACUGAAGGCCAUACGGAUCUUUGCCCGCUGAAGAUUGUUAUCAUGAGUGCCACGAUCGAUGCUAGCGUCUUUGCUCGAUUUUUUGCUGAUCCUCUUAGGGACGUCCCCAUUCUAUAUGUGGCUGGACGGCAGCACAGUGUACGCAUGUAUCAUACACAAGAAAGUUGUCAGGAUUGGACAGACGCAGCUGUACGAACUGUGAUGCAGAUCCAUGUUUCCAAGCCAUUGGGCGACAUUCUUGUAUUUGCCACAGGACAAGAGGAGAUCGAAUCCAUGGCCCAGUCUUUGCAAAUGUUUGGUGCUCAACUGGAGCCUUGGUCUAAAGAGGUUGGCUUCGAUGAUGUUCCUGCCCUACUUAUCCGACCCUUAUAUGCUGCGCUUGGCCCUAAUGCUUCUGCUGCUGUGUUUGCAACUACCCCAAAGAAUACCCGGAAAGUCGUGUUGGCUACCAAUAUUGCGGAAACAAGUAUUACCAUUCCGGGUGUUCGUUACGUGAUUGACUCGGGUCUUGUGAAGGAAAAAAUCUUCUCACCUCUAACAAGUAUUGAGACGCUACAAGUGCUCCCAAUUUCCCAGUCAUCAAGUUUGCAGCGAGCAGGUCGGGCAGGCCGAGAGGCCCCUGGUGAAUGCUAUCGGCUUUAUACGCGUGAGGCAUUUCAAGCGCUGGAAACCAUGCCAGUUGCAGAAAUACACCGAACAGAACUUUCUGGGGCUGUUCUGCAACUCUAUGCCAUGCAUUUAGAUCCUUUCACUUUUGACUGGAUUGAUCCGCCUAAUCAAGCCCUUCUUCAGGAAGCUGUGCUACACUUGGCCGAACUCGGAGCGAUCCAGUCGCCCAAGGAUGGAAUUCAGCUCACGCCCCUAGGACAUCAAUUGGCUUCUCUGCCUGUUACCCCAUCCUAUGCGCGUCUCCUCUUGGCAGCUGCUGAGCGAGGCCCGCAUGUUGCAAGUCAGGCCUGUGACCUAGUUUCGAUCUUAUCCGCUGACCGGGGCAUUUUCGUCGAAACAAGUCAUCCUGACAAGCGCGAACAGGCAGAAAUGGCUUGGGAGGUGUUUUACGAUGCUACAGGCGAUCAUGCCACGAUGCUCAAUGCAUUCCGAGCUUAUCUCGCCGUUUUCAAUCAUGCCAUGACCACACACGCCUCUCCUGCAGCUGCACGCCAAGAAAUCCGCAUGUGGUGUCAAUCGCACUAUGUACAUGAACGAACCAUGAAAAAUAUUCUCGCUAUUCGAAAGCAACUUUCGCGAAUUUGUGCGCAGCAUGGAAUAGAAUGCCACGCGGGUGCACCAAAGAAGCGCUUGUCUGUGUCUAGCACUGAGAGCGAGUCGUCCGAAGAGGAAGACCGAGAUGCAUUGGUUGUCACGAAAGGGGGAUCUGAGCCUUUGACAGAUAUGAAAGAAAACUAUUAUGAGCUAAUGCAGUGUCUUGGGUUGGGUCGGUUAAGUCACACGGCGCUCAGGCAGCCAGACGGGAGCUUCAGACGGGUUGCCGGAGGGCAGACCUUCAAACUGCAUCCAUCUUGUGUGCUGCAUCCGUCCCGUCAUGGAUCGCGCGGUACAUCCAGUGAUAAUGUUCAAGUAAUUGUGUUUGAGGAGCUGGUGCUUACAUCGCAGACCUUUGCUCGCAACGUUUCGAGAAUGCAGCCAGACUGGCUCCAGUCCUGGCUCGCCCACAAGUCGUAA